UCAUGUGAUCAGUCACAUGGAGGAGGAGGAGUCACAUGAUCAGGGGCUGCUGCUCUAGGCUCAUCUGCUCAGUGUAUGCAGGACUCUGCUGUGCACCAUGGAGAAAGACCAAAGCGAGAUGGCGGAGAGGAUAAUAGACCUCACCCUACAGAUACUCUUCCGGCUUACUGGAGAGGAUUACACAGUAGAGAAGAAGUCCUCUAGUGGGCGCUGUCGGGCCACUGUGUGUGAAGGAUGGGGGAGAACCCUGAGCCCAAUCCCGGGGCCCCCACCUCACUCCCUGAUACUCGAGGAAAUGGAUGAACACAAGAUCCUAGAACUGAUCAACAAGAUGAUGGAGCUGCUGACUGGAGAGGUUCCUAUAAGGUGUCAGGACGUGGCGGUCUAUUUCUCCAUGGAGGAGUGGGAGUAUGUAGAAGGACACAAGGAUCAGUACAAGGAUCAGGUGAUGAUGGAGGAUCAGCAGCCCCUCACAUCAGCAGUCAGAUCCAGUAAGAGAACAGCAGCAGAGAGGUGUCCCCGUCCUCUUCUUCCACAGGAUCAGGAUCAGGGAGAAGAUCUGAACAAUAUUAAUGCUCCAGAGACAGAUGUGAGCGGUGAUGAGCAGUAUAAGGAGGCCAUUCCUACAGGUAACCGCCCAGAUGACUGUACCAGGAGAUCAGAGGAGAAUCUUAUAUCUUCAGAUUAUAAAGCAGAUGAUGAUAUCACACAAGAUACAUAUGAAGAACAUUCCAUUAUCCCGGAUACACCCUCAGCCCUUCACAGCCAAGAUCUGUCAUCUCAUCCUGUUAUACAAGUCGAAUAUAUUGAUUCAUCUCAUGUUGCUAAGCAAAAUAAGGAGAAGCCAUAUUCAUGUUCACAAUGUGGGAAAUGUUUUAGUUGGAAAUCACAUUUUCUUCUACAUCAAAAAAUUCACACAGAAGUGAAGCCAUUUUUAUGCCAAGAAUGGGGUAAAUGUUUUACUCAUAAAUCACAUUUUGCUAAACACCAAAGAACUCACCCAGGGGAGAAGUCAUAUUCAUGCCCACAGUGUGGGAAAUGUUUUACUGUGAAAAAACAUCUUGUUAAACAUCUCAAAACUCAUACAGGGAAGAAGCCAUAUUCAUGUUCACAAUGUGGGAAAUGUUUUGCUUGGAAAUCCACUUUUGUUAAACAUCAAAGAACUCACACAGGGGAGCAGCCAUUUUUAUGCCCAGAAUGUGGGAAACGUUUUACUCAGAAAUCAAGUCUUGUUCAACAUCAGAGAAUUCACACAGGGGAAAAACCAUUUUCAUGUCAAGAAUGUAGGAAAUGUUUUUCUAAGAAAUCCACUCUCGUUGAACAUCAGAGAAUUCACACAGGGGAGAAACCAUUUUCAUGUUCAGAAUGUGGGAAAUGUUUUAGUUGGAAAUCACAUCUUGUUCUACAUCAAAAAAUUCACACAGAAGUGAAGCCAUUUUCAUGCCAAGAAUGUGGGAAAUGUUUUACUCAUAAAUCACAUUUUGCUAAACACCAAAAAACUCACCUAGGGGAGAAGUCAUAUUCAUGCCCACAGUGUGGGAAAUGUUUUACUGUGAAAAAACAUCUUGUUAAACAUCUGAAAACUCAUACAGGGAAGAAGCCAUAUUCAUGUUCACAAUGUGGGAAAUGUUUUGCUUGGAAAUCCACUUUUGUUAAACAUCAAAGAACUCACACAGGAGAGCAGCCAUUUUCAUGCCCAGAAUGUGGAAAACGUUUUACUCAGAAAUCAAGUCUUGUUCACCAUCAGAGAAUUCACACAGGGGAAAAACCAUUUUCGUGUCAAGAAUGUAGGAAAUGUUUUUCUAAGAAAUCCACUCUUGUUGAACAUCAGAGAAUUCACACAGGGGAGAAACCAUUUUCAUGUUCAGAGUGUGGGAAAUGUUUUACUCAUAAAUCACAUCUUCUUAAGCAUCAUAGAACUCACACAGGAGAGAGGCCAUUUUUAUGUUCAGAAUGUGGGAAAUGUUAUACUCAGAAAUCAUGUCUUCUUAAACACCAAGAAAUUCACGCACGGGAAAAGCCAUUGUCGUGUACAGAAUGUGAAAAAUGUUUCGCUCAAGAAUCACAUCUUGUUGAGCAUCAAAAAAUUCACUAAGAAGAGAAAAUAUUUCCAUGACUUUAAAUGUGGGAAAGAUUUUACCCAGCAAUCAAGACUUAUUAACUAUAUAUUAAAAAAAAACACACAUGAGAAAAGCCAUUCUCAUGUUCAGAAUGUCGGAAAUUUUUACUCAGAAACCGCAAAAAAAAAAAAAAAAGCAAAAACUCACACAGACAAAAAUGUUAUGUCUCGAAUGUGGAAAAUGUUUUACUCAGACAUUACAUCUUGUUGAGCAUCAAAAACAUCACUAAGAAGAGAAACUAUUUUCAUGCCCAGAAUGUGGGAAAUGUUUUCCUUAAAAAUCAAUAAACAUAAAAAAAAAUUCACACAGGAGAGAAACCAAUGGUUGGAGGGUAAGGUAGGAGUAUGGUCAUAUAGAUAGAAUGGAGUGCACAGGUACCAGCAGCAGUAGAUCAGUGAAGUGAAGAGUUGGAUUAAAGGGGUACUCCGGUGAAAAAC